UAAAAAAUGUUAAUACCGUUAUAAAAAUCAUCCUGUCGGUCAUUUCAGCGCGGCAAAAUUUUUCAAUUUUUCAAUUUCAUUAAACAUUCAAUUGGAAAAGCUUGUUGAAAAUGGCUGAUGAAAUAUUCGAAAAAAUGGAAAUUAAAAAUGUUGUCGCCACUUACAAUGUCGGCAUAAAAUUGGAUCUAUUGGACAUCUAUCGCCGUACACGCAAUUCAGAGUAUUCCCCACAAACUUUCAUUGGUAUGAAAAUGACCAUGCGUUUUCCAAAAUGCACUGCCCGGAUUUUUAAUUCCGGGAAAGUGGUGGUAGUCGGCACAAAAAGUGAGGUAGACGCUCGUCUGGGGUCCCAUAAAUUCGCCAAACUCAUCCAAAAGCUUGGCUAUGAAGUUGAAUUCAAAGAUUUUACCAUAUGUAACAUAGUGGGUGUAAUAGAUGUACGUUUUCCAAUAGGUCUCGAAGACCUCAAUAAUGGACAUAUGCAGUUUACAAAAUACGAACCAGAAAUAUUCCCUGCCUUAUAUUACCGUUUGCCAACUAUGUUAUUUUUAAUAUAUGCAAGUGGCAAGUUGGUUGUUACAGGGGCUAAAUCUGUGGCUGCUAUUAAGGAGGGCUUCGCUAUUAUCUAUGCGGCUUUGGCGCCUUUUAAAAGAGAUUAAUAAGAAUAUUUGAGAAGAAUUUUUUAAUAUACAUAGAGUCAUACAUUUGUAAAUGCGUGCUUUUUCUUAAUAAAUUUUACUGAGAUAUUAUAUUCACAGUUGUUUACUUUUCCAUGAGGAGUUUAAUUCUAAGAGAAAUUACAUUUGUUUGGGACAAAAAAUGCUUAACUAUUUAAACUAUGUAGGAAUAAUGUACGCUUUUGCUUAUGGAUGUAAAAUCUAAAUACGGGACAAGUAGGAUGCAGAUAAGCAUUGAAACGCGAAGCGUGAUGCCAAUGGUAUUUAAUACAUGGAGUGUACAUCAGGAACGAAUUCGCUGAUCACACUGCGGAUCUAGUGGUCGAUGCGUUUUAGGCUCAAUUUUUCUCUCAAA